AUGGAAAGGCACUGCCAAAUGCCCGCAGCCCCGUCUAUUCAGACCCCUGUUCCCAACCCUGUCAUGGCCAGCAACGAGCGCCUCAAGCAGAUCCUCGCCGCGUACCCAGCCGCCAUCACCGACUUCUUCGGUUCUGGGACGCUGUGUCUUUUCAAAAGUGGCCCACCAUGGCCCGUUGCUCAGGGUCAGGCGUCGAACCUUGUCCGCGCCGCCCGUCCCAUCUAUGAUAUGGAGAAGGCGGAGACUUGGCUCGAAACCGCGAAGCUCAUCGUUAUGCGUCUCGACGCGCUCGAACUAAAGAUGCAGUUGACCGCCGUUGACCCCCUCGCCUACGCAAACACCGGCGAUGAGAAAUUAAUCUGCAACUUCGUGGUCGUCAUCAGCGUCAAACCAAACUCGCUUGCCCAGGGAGAUGCUGCUGGGAUCGUUACUCCCACCGUCCUUUCCGUUCUCAUGCAACGUGGGUUCUCCAACGCUCAGGUAGCCGUUGUCGAGGCCGACCAUCACCGCCAGGCCAAGUUCAUGCCCUUCGACCCGAAUAACGAGUUGGAGAGCACUGCCAUCCUCCGGAAGCCCUUUACCUUUACGCCCGGCCUCUCCAUCGCCCCUCAUGCUACGCCUUACUACGAGGGCACGGGCGGCGUCUUCCUGCGUCUCAGCACUGGCACCGAUGAUAAUGACAAGCGCGUCUAUCUUCUUACUUGCGCCCACAUUGCUAGGCCUCCGGUCCAGUUUGAGAACGUGGCGUAUACGCUCAAGAACACGAGCCAGCCUCUCGAAAAAUUCGUUCUCCACGGCACCGAGUCCUGCAGCGACGCGAUCGGCAACAUCAUGAAGCUCAUCGGCGACGAGACCAAGGGGAUUGCCGCCUGGCAGUCGUCCCUCGACAGGCUCCCGGCGUAUGCUCAGGGUGAGCCGGCUUCUCGGACCAACCGACGCGCCGAGCUCGCCGGCCGCAUCGAUGCCGCCAAGACGAGGAUCACGGCCGCCAACAAGCUCCACGACGCUAUCACCAAGAAUUACACCUUCCUCGACUCCCGCAUCUUCAAGUUUGGACAUCUCUAUCAUUGCGCCAAGAUCGAGGUCGGAGACGACGGUUACAUGUACGAUUGGGCCCUGAUCGAGGUCCAUAAGGACAGGCUGGAGGCCGGCUUGUUCCAAGGUAACAAGCUCUACGUUGGUGGCAACAUGACGGCGGUCGACUGGGAGAACUACAUGUUCCCUCAACCUCACGACCGUCAGGACUUCCACGUCCCCGAGGACCUUCUUCUCCAGAUCGAGGAUUACGUUUGUGAGGACGACUUCCGCAGCCCCAGGAACCGCGACGUCAACGACGGAGAUACCCUCCUCGCCGUCAAGAACGGACGUACCACCGGCACCACCUUUGGCCGCGUCAACGGUCUCGAGUCCAUCAACCGUUAUUACGAGGGUCACGACCUCACGUUUGACGCGACCGAGAUGAUCAUCCUCGGCUACGACAUCAAGACGGGCAAGAACGAUCAUUUCUCGGACGGAGGAGAGAUCCGUAGUUGUCGACAGGCGUGGUCGCCUUAUUGGGCUCCUCACGGGCGGCAGAGGUCCAACCAACGCCACUGA